AUGUUCGAUGACAUGCGGAGAAAAUUACAGUCCAGGAACAAAAUAAACAAGCCGCAGCGCACAAAGAAGUCACCGCAGGAUAUAACUGCAGGGAAUAAUUGUAGAAGAGGUUUGAAGAAGUUGACACGUUGUAAAAUGGGGAGAAAGGCAUGGUCAAUACUUAUAGUAGUCUCCACUGUCCUGUAUUCAUUCUUCAUGUCCCUUAUAGGACCGAGCAUGUCUUAUGUGAGCUCCGGACCAAUGCAAUACCUUUUGAUGGGGCUCACGGGCACGUAUUGGACUCCCAUACUGAUUCCACUUAUAUAUUUGUGCGUGCUACUGGGAUUCUGCUGCUCGAAGACAGGGAAAUGUUUAUUGGAUAAAAUUUGGAAGAAGAAGAAGGAAGUUGCCACAGAAACGGAAAAAAACGAAGCAGGAGUCAAUAAAGAAUCGAAGAAGACGUAA